AUGGGUCGCAACCUCUUCGAUUUUACAAUUGCCAACAGUAGUACCAAGUUCCUUAGCGGGAAAUUCGUUGCCUUAAGCGACACUCAGGAUACUGACCUUUCAUCUGUGCGUAGUACCGCCAGCUCUUCUGCUGAAUUGUUUGCAGCUCAAUCUCAGGUUCUUCAAUCGCAGACUUCUAUAUCCGGAGACAUGGAUUCGCUCAAUCAGAGCCAUAUGCAUCGCACUCGCUCUGCCGACCAUAGCAGUCGUGGAGACCGGAAGCCUAUGAAUUUUACCGCAAGCAGUUCUCUUGUGGGUCCCAGUGCUACCACUGUCAUUGGGCAGUCGCAUCAAACAAUGAAUCACGCGCACAAUGCUAAUACAGCAGCCGAGUCAAAAGCCAGUAAGAAAUGUUCUGUAUGUGGCAAGAGUUUCAAUCCACUCCGUCGACGACACUAUUGCCGCACGUGCACGGCUGUGGUCUGCAGCUCGUGUAGUAUUUCUAGAAAGGUUGAAAGUACGUUUGAAGGGGCAAUUACUGUCCGCAUGUGUGUAAGCUGUAAGCUCAGCUCCAUUGCGUCACAAGACGAUUUUUAUGAUCGUAUCUUUUCGACGAAUGGAGGUUCGAAUACAGCCGCAAUGUCAGACUCUCAACCAAGUGGCAGUGAAGGAGAUUAUACAACUGACCGUCUUAGUUUUGCCAGCUAUUCUUCAGGAGCGGGAAAUGUCAAAGAUGACUCUUCAAUUGGUGAUUUGCAACUUCACAUGGACAAGCGUGCAGCUAGUAGCUCGAGUCUCUCUGCUCGACGCAAGUCUAGCACAACCAGUAGUAACCCCACCACUGAUCCUUCUGGCCAAAGGGCACGCCACGGCUCAUUUACAGGACCACCAGUAGUUACCGAAGACUGUCCAUGGUGCAUGAACGAAGCCUGUGCUCCUCUACACGAGUACUUUGAGGUCCCAUAUCCUUUCUUCCUCGAGCUUGCGGACCCAGCGGCGAAAAAUCAGUACAUUGCUGCAAAACACCUUGAUAAUGAGAAGGAGCGUCUCCGUUCCGUACGGACGAUAUGGAGCGCUUUAAAAACUGGCACGUCGGACUUGCAAAUGAUCAAGCAAUUUUCUAACAUGGCUGCGAUCGCUACUUCGUGUCCUAUGGCUUUGGUGGGGCUCUUGGAUAAACACGUGUAUAUGCCGUGUGCAGAAUUGGGUCUAGGAUCUUUAGACAAGAUUGAUCGACAAAAAAGUCUAGCUGCACAUGCUUGUCGAAAUGGAUCGCCACUUGUAUGCAGUGACCUGAAUCGUGAUGUUCGCUUUGCUGCGAAUCCGUGGCGGAGAGAUGUACUGCAGGCGCAGUUUUAUGCUGGUAUUCCGCUAACGCUAUCGAACGGCCACACUAUUGGAGCGAUUGAAGUAUUUGAUACCAUACCACGAUUUGCGUGUAUGGAUGUUAUUUCACAGCUACAGACAGUCGUUCGCGGCUUAUUACGCAAGUUUGAAGAAAUUUUGGCAAAGAACGAUAUUUUAGACGAUGAAUUGGGGCAAAAGUCCUCAGCAUCGUUAGGAAGAGGAACUCUACAGAACGAGGGCGACAAUAACAAGCAACGGACUUCACGUGCUCCGGCACCCAGUGCCCCAACUGCACCUGCCAUUCCACCACCAAAGAAAUCGCCUCAGCCUACCGCAAAGUCACCAAACCACAAACCGUCGGGCCCAGCACCUCAACCGCCCAAGCCAAAGGAAGAGCCAAAGAUGGUUGCGCCUGCAGCUCCAAUAACUGCUCCGGUAGCACCAGCUCCCGCAGCAGGUGGGGGUGAGCUGUUACAGGAUGAUAUGGAGACGCGACUGAUGCAGCUAUUAUCUCAAACUACUAGCACACAGGAACAACUGCGCAACCAGCAGGGACAGAUGGUACACGCAAUUAGCAGCCACUCGAAACAGAUUAGUGACUUGGCCAAGCAGCUUGAACGUAUGGAAUCGACGCUCGCGGCAAAACUCGGUAUGGACUCAGACGAUGGCGAGGACACUCCCUCGAAUGAUGAUGCUGACGCAGCCAGUGCUUAG